UCACUCCUCGGUCGAGAGUCUCUUCACUGGUGGUGCUGGCACCAGCCCUGGUCCUAUGACGCUCGUCAAUAAUUUAUUGACGAAAACGAUUAUGAGUCAGACUAUCACUCUUUCUCGCAGCUUCUUGUUGGGGCCAUGGCUUCGAGUUGCUGUUGUCGGUAUGAGGCCCAACUUUUCCACGGAUAAUUCAACCCAGGAGUCCUUUAAGCAGAAUGAUUUAGGGGAUGGAGGUGAAAAGGAAUUUCGUUCCUGAUAAAAUAUCAAGAGACUGAUCUAUUCUUUCUUUGUGGAGUAAUAGUGGCAGGGAACUGAUUUGUUCGAGACUUCGAGGUAGAGUUCUAACCAUUUCAGUUGUGACUCCCAAAGUUAAACAUGGUGGGGUUUCAACCGAUGAAGAUGAAGCGGAAGGACUUCAAAUAAGCUUACGAUGAAUUCUCCGAAUUUUCUGUCUGCUCCCUCCCGCCGGAAAGAUCAAGAGACUGAUUGCGCAGAUUGCAAGGUUCCAGUCGAAUCGAAGAUGUUUCUUACCAGGACUGAAUAUGAUAGAGGUGUCAACACCUUCUCUCCAGAGGGGCGGUUGUUUCAGGUUGAAUAUGCGAUUGAGGCUAUCAAGUUGGGCUCAACCGCAAUUGGGAUAAAGACCAAGGAAGGCGUCGUGCUUGCCGUAGAGAAGCGCAUAACUUCACCAUUGCUGGAACCCAGUAGUGUGGAGAAAAUUAUGGAAAUUGACGAGCAUAUAGGGUGCGCUAUGAGUGGACUGAUUGCUGAUGCCCGUACACUUGUUGAACAUGCUAGAGUUGAAACUCAGAAUCACAGAUUCUCAUAUGGGGAACCAAUGACUGUGGAAUCUACUACUCAAGCUCUUUGCGAUCUUGCCUUACGGUUUGGUGAAGGAGAUGAAGAAUCCAUGUCUCGACCUUUUGGGGUAUCUCUUCUCAUUGCUGGUCAUGACGAGAAUGGUCCUAGCCUGUAUUACACAGAUCCAUCUGGCACAUUCUGGCAGUGCAAUGCAAAGGCUAUAGGUUCGGGUUCUGAAGGAGCAGACAGCUCUUUGCAAGAGCAGUAUAAUAAGGAUAUUACUCUUCAGGAAGCUGAAACAAUAGCUCUUUCCAUCUUGAAGCAAGUAAUGGAGGAAAAGGUGACUCCAAACAAUGUCGAUAUAGCAAAGGUGGCUCCAACUUAUCAUCUCUACUCUCCUUCUGAGGUGGAAGCUGUCAUUAGUCGCUUAUGAAAGAGAACAACUACGUCUUCAUUUAUGCAAUGCAUCAUACAUCUUUUACUAUUUUAUUUGAGGGGUUUUCCUUUUCUUGCAACAGGUAUCCUAAGCAGUAAAACAACCUUUACUCUUUUUUUUAAUGGCUGAACGUGUUAAAACCAAUUCAGUUUUUAGACUAUGGGACUGCAAAUUUAUUUGCAUUUGGUUAAGAAGAUACAACAACAAUGUUCAAACGUUCUUCAUUAGAACUUUUAAA